AUGGACCAUACCAUCCACACCACCAUGGACCAUACCAUCACCACACCACCAUGGACCAUACCAUCCACACCACCAUGGACCAUACCAUCCACACCACCAUGGACCAAACCAUCCACACCACCAUGGACCAAACCAUCCACACCACCAUGGACCAAACCAUCCACACCACCAUGGACCAUACCAUCACCACACCACCAUGGACCAUACCAUCCACACCACCAUGGACCAUACCAUCCACACCACCAUGGACCAUACCAUCACCACACCACCAUGGACCAUACCAUCACCACACCACCAUGGACCAUACCAUCACACACCACCAUGGACCAUACCAUCCACACCACCAUGGACCAAACCAUCCACACCACCAUGGACCAAACCAUCCACACCACCAUGGACCAUCCAUCCACACCACCAUGGACCAUACCAUCACCACACCACCAUGGACCAUACCAUCCACACCACCAUGGACCAUACCAUCCACACCACCAUGGACCAUACCAUCACCACACCACCAUGGACCAUACCAUCCACACCACCAUGGACCAUACCAUCCACACCACCAUGGACCAAACCAUCCACACCACCAUGGACCAAACCAUCCACACCACCAUGGACCAUACCAUCCACACCACCAUGGACCAUACCAUCACCACACCACCAUGGACCAUACCAUCCACACCACCAUGGACCAUACCAUCCACACCACCAUGGACCAAACCAUCCACACCACCAUGGACCAAACCAUCCACACCACCAUGGACCAUACCAUCCACACCACCAUGGACCAUACCAUCACCACACCACCAUGGACCAUACCAUCACCACACCACCAUGGACCAUACCAUCCACACCACCAUGGACCAUACCAUCCACACCACCAUGGACCAUACCAUCCACAACACUGACACCAGUAAAGCGCUCACGCGUCGCCAUCUGCCCUGA